AUGGAGAAGAAGGCGCGCGAGUACGCGCAGGGGGCCGUGAGGUUCAUCCAGAAGAGCGGGAGCAACUUCCUGGCGUGCAAAAACCUGAGGGAGAAGCUGGAGGAGAGGGGCUUCAAACGAAUCCAUGAAGGUGAAAAAUGGGAGCUACGCAAAAACGAAGGAUACGUAUUGAGCAAGCAGAGCAGGAACAUCUGUGGGUUCUUUAUUGGAAAGGACUUCACCAUAGAGAAGGGGUCCAUCCUCAUUUCGAUUGGCCACAUCGAUUCAUGUUGUUUGAAGGUAUCCCCGAACAAUAAUGUAGUGAAGAGUAAGCUGCACCAACUGAAUGUGGAGUGCUACGGCUCGGGGCUGUGGCACACCUGGUUCGAUCGCAGCUUGGGGCUAUCUGGCCAGGUACUCUACAAGAAGGAGGGCAAACUGGUGGAGAGGCUCAUUCAGAUUAACAAGUCCCUUCUCUUCCUCCCCAGCCUCGCCAUCCACCUGCAAAACAGAACGCGCUUCGAGUUCUCCGUCAAGAUUAACUACGAGGCGCACUUGAAGCCCAUUCUGUCCACCCUCCUGUAUGAGCACCUCGUGAAGGGCGGGAAGCCAGGUGCAGCUUCCCCCACGGAGGACGCUACAGACGCGGAUAACGCACAAGAGAAGCGCCUCGACGCGGAGGACCACUCCCCGAGCUGCCACUCCCACCAGGAAAACCCCAACUCCUCCCCCCUCCUCUACACACUAGCGAAGGAGUUGCAGUGCCAGGAAAAGGACAUCCUCGACUUUGAGUUAUGCCUAAUGGAUGUUAACCAGCCCUGCUUCACCGGGGCGUACGAGGAGUUCAUCGAGGGGGCGCGGUUCGACAAUCUGUUGGGUUCCUUUUGCGUCUUCGAGGCGUUCGCGGAGAUGGUGGACAUGCUAAGGGGGGGAGCAGAAGCAGCGGCGGGAGCGGCGGCCGCGGCAGAGGGAGAAGCAUCAGCCGCUGGUGCUGCUAGUGCUGGCGCCGCCGCCGCUCCCCCCCCCGGGGCGCACGCAAACCUGUACAUCUGCAUCGGCUACGACCACGAAGAAAUCGGGUCCCUCAGCGAAGUCGGCGCGCAGUCCUACUUUACGCAAAAUUUCAUCAAAAGGAUUUUGGCUGCCGUUUGUUCUUCCCACGCGUGUGAUGCCGCGUCUGCUACUACCUCGUCUGCUGCUACCGCUAGUGCCCCCCCCUCCAUCGACGAGCUGUAUGGAAGCCUCAUGAGCAGGUCGCUCCUGCUCAACGUGGACAUGGCCCACUGCAGCCACCCCAACUACCCAGAAACGGUGCAGGCGAGCCACCAGCUGUUUUUCCACGAGGGAAUUGCCAUCAAAUAUAAUACAAAUAAGAACUACGUCACGUCGCCCUACUACACGUGCCUUCUCAAGAGGACCUUCGAGCUGUUUGCUUCCAAUUUUAAUGAGAAAAUAAAGUACCAGAAUUUUAUGGUGAAGAAUGAUACCCCCUGUGGUAGUACCGUGGGUUCUAUGGUUGCUGCGAACCUGUCCAUGCCGGGCAUCGACAUUGGCAUUCCCCAGCUAGCCAUGCAUUCGAUAAGGGAGAUAGCGGCUGUGCGGGACGUCUACUACCUGGUCAAGGGCGUCCUGGCCUUCUACGCCUACUACAGCCACGUGCUCGCCUCCUGCGUUCCCGACGCGUAGCGCCCCGGGAGGGGUGUCACCGCGCUACUCCACUGUGUUACUCCACUGUGUUACUCCACUGUGUUACUCCACUGUGUUACUCCACUGUGCUACUCCACUGUGCUACUCCACUGUGCUACUCCACCGCGUUAUUUCACCGCGUUAUUUCACCGCUCCACCCCACCGCUUGAUGCCACGCCGUGUUUUUUCCUCUGCAUGCCUUUUGGGGCCCCCUCUUCCGACCCCGUAAGAAAAU